AUGGGGAUGAAUGAGAUGCGAAGUGGUGGUACCGGUUUUGGCAUUGGCAAUGACAACAGGGAGAAAUGGGUAAACAGAGGUGGAGGAGUGAUGGAGAGGGUAGUGCCUUCAUUGCACAGGGCAUCUCGACCUGCCGGGUGGGAUGUGAAUGCGGGUGUGAAUACGGGUGUGAAUAUGGGAAUGGGAAGGGAUAUGGGAAUGGAUAUGGAAAUUGAUAUGGGAACGGAUAUGGGAUUGGGAAUGGCUACCGGGAUGGGGAUGGGGACAGAAACAGGGAUGGAAAGAGAAAUGACGAUGCCGAAGAUGGGACUUUUUAGACCGAUUAGGUGGGAUGGACCAUCUUCCCGUUCGAGAUCGAAGGCUAAGAAAGAUAAGGCGGGAAGGGCUCAGAAGGCGAGGAGGGCUCGGGGUUGGGAACUUGAAGAGAGCGCUGGUGCUGGUGAUGUUCAUCUUCAGCGAACUUAUGGAAACCAAAAGAACAGCAAGAGAAUCGCUAGAAGCAACAGCAACAGAAACCAAACCGGAAACGACGAAACCGAGGGCGAAGACUGUCAUCCAGGUGUUAUGACCACCUCUUCCGCUUCCCACCCUUACCUCCCAAAGAGACGCAAAACCUCUACCUCCCUCGCAGGAUCCAACUUCCGAACAGCCUCAGCAGCGACGGUAACAACCGUCGACAUAAAGCGAGAACCAGGCCUUUCUCCUUCGCCGCGGGCUACUUUUGCUCAGAUACCCAUGUAUUCCCAUUCCGACCCAGUCACUAACAGCAGUGGUGGCUAUAAAACCGCUGGUGAUGGAGAUGAAAAUAUCCCGUCAUCUCGAGAAAUAAGUCCCUUGACUCGGGUGCCGACGCCUCGUCGUCUUUUGUUCCCGACAUCGACUCCAGACCGGAGGCAGUUGAGAGAGAGGAAUCGGGAGGUGGCGGUGUUUGGGGAUUGGGUGGGGAGUCGGGGACGGGGCCUGGAACGAAGAAGCGAAGGUUUCGGUUUCGGGAAUUUGGUUAGUAGUGCUGGUCAGGACCAGAACGGGGGCACCGAGGCUACUCAGCGAGACCAACACCAAAACCGAGGAUCUUCAUCUGAAGAAAAGGAAGAAGGCUGGACAGCCAUCUCCAUCUCAGGAAGCAGCGAAGAAGGUGAAGUCAGCAGUUACUACGACAACCCGUACGACUCGUACAGCUGUGGACAGGAGAGGAUGGAUGACGCACCACAUGGGGCCGGUGCUGGAGGUAUUUACCAAGCCCAAAGGCAACCUCAUCAUCACUUCCCAUCAUUCUCUCCAUCAGCCCAACAACCCUCGAGCUCCUCGUCAGAGCGAUAUGCUCCUGCAUCCGGAUCUGAGCCGUCACUAUCAGCUGGACAGCAGAGGGUGCUGGAGCAAUACCGACAAGCAAUCCAAGUGGUGCAAGACGCUUGUCUGGAGGCUAGCAAGAGGUAUAUCAGGGCUCAUUGUGUGAAUCGGGGGGUUCGUGGAGGGGAGAGUCCUGGUACUGAUACCGGUCCUGUUCCUCGCCAGACAGUCGAGAGUCGGUCCGCAAGGAAGGCGAGGAGGAAACGCAAGCUCAAGACCCGCCACGGCUCAUCAAGUUCUGAUUCAAGUUCCAGUUUUUUCUUCUCGCCUUCACUGCCACCACCUUCUUCACGACAGCGGCAGCGGCGGUGUAAAGGAAAGGGCAGACGCCAAAAGCGCACCAAAACGUCUCCCUCCUCAAACUCCUCAUUUCAAUCCCUUGAAGAGAUCACCUGCACAGACUCCCUCCUCCCUAACAUCUCCCAAAUCUGCACCCUCCUCUGGUCCCGCUCCCAAUCCCUCCGGCUGCACGACACAGACAGUAUCGAACUGCAUACCGCGCGAAACAUGUACUGGCUUUUAUCAUGGGCUGAAACAGUCGCUUUCGCCGUCCCUCCCACUUCCACUCAUUUCUUUGCCACGUCUUUUUCCAACGAGACAUCCGAGACGUCUGUUCCUGGUCCUGAUAUUGCUGGUGUAUCUGUGUUGGAAGAGUUGGGUAGAAGAGAGCAGUGGGCUCGACCGUCUCCUCUUUCCUUUCCUCGUAGGGACCUGGGUCCUAGGUGGGAGAAUACGGGGGAUGAUUUGAAUAAUGAUGUACAUAUGUGGAGAGAAACGGGUAGCGAGGAGGGUGUGGUGUUUAAGAAGUUUGAGGGUAGAAACGAAGGAGUUUGGGAACAGCAAUGGCAGGAGAUGCGAAGGGUGUUUGAGGAGGGAGGGAUGCUUUGUGAGUUUUGGGGUAUGGGAGGGGGUGGAGAGGUUGGGCAGGAUUAG